AUGCCGGAAGACCAAGAAGGAAACUCUGGUGGAGAUCGGGGCGAGUAUCACACCACGCCUCCUGACCUGAGCUACACAGAUACCCCUGGCCAAGAGCGCAUCCAAGAGCGCAGACCCGUUCCUCAUUCUUCCGAUGAAGAUGAAGCCAGUCUUGAUCAACCUCAAAAUACACCCCACCCGGUCUCAGACUACAUGUCUGACUUUAAUCGGCAGCUGGGUCAAGGGCGCACCACAGGUAGCAACAGAAGAGGAGAAUGGCCAACGCCUAUAGAUCCUUUUGCUGGGAUUGAUUCUUACAUUGCGGCUUCUGUUGAUUCUCAAGGCCUAACAGCAACAGCUGGAGGUCCGUCUGCACACGACCUACCGCCGCUUCUUUCCCCAACUCUACCACAAACAGUGGAAGACCUCUUGGAAGAAGCACGCACUCUAGGUGAGGACGCCAACAGAUCUUCAGCAGCCGCAAUAGCCCCCAGCGAAAGACUCAGUGUCUCGAGGACCGCACAUCGACGCGCUGGUAGUGAUAUCCGCUGGAGACCUUCGCAGCCCAUCCCUAUACGCCUCAAGUCAAAACCAAAGAUGGAGCAGUCAUCCGACAGACAGGAGCUUCUACAGAAUGCUGUGUUGUUCUUGAAUGAUCCCAAAGUGCAAUCCUCCUCUCUCAUAUCACGCAUACAAUUUCUCGAAUCCAAGGGGCUCACGGAGCCUGAAAUACAACAAGCUCUCAACCAAGCUGCAGGGGAACCAUCCAUACAGGCUGCCGGUCUCGGCAUAGGAUCAGGUUCUGGCAAUGCCCCGCCUGAGAGACCGAGAGACCCGGCUCCGAGAUAUGGAUAUCAACAGGCGUAUGCGGUAGCACCUGAACCACCGGGAAGAGACUGGAGAGAUCUCUUUAUCAUGGCAAUGGUCACAGGAGGUGUGGUGUAUGGGAUCACGGCGCUUGCUCGGAAAUACCUCGUGCCCCAUCUUCGUCCACCAUCCACAACAGCCUUCCAAGAGACAUCCACCUCUCUCACAUCUCAAUACGACGAGGCCACGCGUCUCCUCGGCGAGCUACAGAGUGAAACGACCAAACUGCAGACCAACAUCGAGGCAGAUAGAGAAAGAGUGGAUACUGUUGUCGGCGAUGUCGAAGAUGCGCUGCAAUCUUUGCGAGAUGGAGAGGAGAGGUGGAGGGGUGAAAUGAGGGACAUCCGUGGAGAGGUCGAAAGUGUGCGAGAGCUGAUGAUCGAGAAGCAUGCCCAGUCCCAAUCGACAGCUCUGGCAGACCUUCAAUCAGAAAUACGGUCCCUCAAAACUUUGCUGGCUUCGCGACAAGCAGCCAUCUCGUCUCCCUCAGGGUCCAAUGGUAAUCUUCCCUCCCAUUCUGGGGCUGGUCGAAACGUCUCUACACCCACUACCCACGCUGCGAACGCUCUUCUGGGCCCCAGGGCUGGCAGAGCGAGUAUCCCAGCAUGGCAGAUGGCCCCCACCAGUAGUGCCAGUGCUGGAGGGGCAUCUAGUCCUGGGGGCAGAGCCAGUCCUGCCAAGGAAGAGACGGACAAGGAGGCCGUGGGUUCCGAAUGA